UUUCGCUCUCUCUCUCUCUCUCUCUCUCUCUGUAAUUGAAAUAAUUUCGUUUCAUAAAUUCUCUCUGUUCGAACCUCCAUGGUUUCGUCAACGGAUCCACCGCCGACCGGCCAACCACCGCCACCUCCACCGCCACGGCCUGCGGUGGCUGAACCGCCGGCGCACGUAGCUCACGCCGCCAAUCCUACUCCGCCUAACAACCACCACAACCACCCGCCCUAUGCCGAGAUGAUAACGGCGGCGAUUGCGGCGUUGAAGGAGAGGAAUGGGUCGAGCAGGCAAGCGAUAGCGAAAUACAUAGAGAAGGAGUACCCGAACUUGCCGGCGAAGCAUUCGGCCUUGCUGACUCACCACCUGAAACGAUUGAAGAACAGUGGUCAGCUUCUCAUGGUCAAGCACUCGUACAAGCUUCCUAGAUCUACUGCUCCUCUUCUUCCAUCUGCCACUGAUGCUACUGGAAAUGGAAACGCGUCGUCUUCUGGGCAGAAGAGAGGGCCUGGCCGGCCGCCUAAGGCCAGGGUUGAGGCCCAGCCCAUCAGUGUUGGGGUUGGGCCGGAGUCGGUGCUGGUUUCUUUGGGGCUCGUUGACGAGCCUGCUCCUGCUCCUGCUCCUGCUCCGCAGUCGAAGAGAGGGCGCGGGCGGCCGCCGAAAAGUGGGUUGGUGGGGAUGGAUUCGGGGGCUAAGCGGGGCCGCGGUAGGCCUCCUAUGCCCAAGCCGUUGUCCCUUUUGAUGGGCCAGAGUGGGCCGAAGAGGAGGCCUGGACGCCCUCCCAUUGGAUCUAGACCUAGGGGUCGGCCCAAGAAGGACGGUUCUGUAGCGAAGACGCCGGGCAGGGGCCGUGGCCGGCCGCCCAAGAACGCCGUGGCACCGGCUGCUGCUGCUCAUUCUGAUGCUGCAGCAGCUGUCGGUGGUGAUGGAGCAUUGGCUGUUGUGGGAGAUGGUCUCCUGCCGGUGAAGCGGCGGGGCCGGCCGCCGGGAUCUGGUGGGAGGCCUAGAAAGCUUUCGGGAAAACCCUUGGGUCGGCCCAAAAAGAAUGCACUGAUGGCUGGGGACCAAGCUGUUGCAACUCAAGAGGUGGUGGCUUAUGAAGAACUCAAGAACAAACUUGAGCAUUUUCAAUCUAGAGUCAGACAUGCAGUCAGUCUGGUGAAGCCACAGUUAAACAACGAAACUGCAGUGAGUGCGCUGGGGGCAUUGCAAGAGUUGGAACAGCUUGCAACGCUAGAUUUGAGCACCCCAUUCCAUGUUCAGGAGCAAUGACCACUGUAAAAUUGAAACAAUUGCACAGACGACCAAGGACCAUGCUGCAAAUAGUUGAGGAUCGGGAUUGAUUCAAGGAUCUGAGAGUUGGGGAGGAGGGAAGUGCUUGGGAGGAUGCACAAGGAUUGGGCUAAAAAGCUAAUUCUUUUUGAUGGUGAGGUAUGGGAAUUGGUAAUCUGUCUUAACUUUUCAGUGGCCAUGAAUGGGAAAUUUGUAUCAGUACUUAAUGCGGGUAGGAAAAAUUUGAAUGCUUAAGGCCAUUAAUUUUAGUUUUAUUUUGUGUUUGUGCCUACAUACCAAUGGCUUGGAACCAUCAAAUUUAGGUCAUUUUGGCAGCCCCCACCCCCCCCAAAAAAAAAAAAAAAAAAAAAAGACCCACCCUUUCCUCUUUUGGCUAUUUGCAGAACAGCCAUUUCCCCCUUUUUUAAUGUUUAUUUUCAGCUUUGCGAUGGAAGAUUAAGAAACAACAGGCUGAGAGUAUACUGAUUCUCUUGGUUGAAUCACUCUACAA